CGCUGCCACGUCAAGUGAGACGGGAGUGAAUGAAGUGGCACUAUUUCGGCAUUUUGUGGAGUUUCGUCUUCGGAGCAGGCUUGUGAAGUGCCGUAUUUUCCAACAUGAGAGUGAUCCUAUUUACGGCGUUAGCCCUUCUGGGCGCCGCUUUGGCCGAUGAAGUACCCACUGAAGAAAACGUACUCGUAUUAAGCAAAUCUAACUUCGAAGGAGUCAUUUCAGCAAACAACUUCAUAUUAGUGGAAUUCUAUGCGCCAUGGUGCGGUCACUGCAAGUCUCUCGCUCCGGAGUACGCCAAGGCCGCCACCAAGCUGGCCGAGGAGGAGUCUCCCAUCAAACUGGCCAAGGUUGAUGCCACGCAGGAGCAAGAGCUCGCCGAGAGCUACGGCGUCAGGGGAUACCCGACACUCAAGUUCUUCAGAAACGGCAGCCCUAUUGAUUACACUGGUGGUCGCCAAGCUGACGACAUCAUCACCUGGUUGAAGAAGAAGACUGGUCCUCCUGCCCUUGAGGUUGCCUCUGCUGAGCAGGCCAAGGAGCUCAUUGCCGCCAACAACGUCAUCAUCUUUGGUUUCUUCUCUGACCAGAGCACUCCUAAGGCUAAGGCAUUCCUUGGUGUUGCCAGUGCUGUUGACGACCAGGUCUUUGCCAUUGUUUCUGACGAGAAAGUCAUUGCUGAGUUGGAAGCUGAGGACGAGGAUGUCACCCUCUUCAAGAACUUCGAGGAGCCCCGCGUCAAGUUCGACGGUGAGAAAUUCGACGAGGAUGUGUUCAAGACCUGGGUGUUCGUCCAGAGCAUGCCCACCAUUGUGGAGUUCUCCCACGAGACUGCCUCCAAGAUCUUCGGUGGACAGAUCAAGUACCACCUUCUGUUGUUCCUGUCCAAGAAAAAUGGCGAUUUCGACAAGUACACUGAGGAACUCAAGCCUGUGGCUAAGAGCUACCGCGACAGAGUUAUGUCCGUUGCCAUCGACGCUGAUGAGGAUGAACACCAGAGAAUCCUGGAGUUCUUCGGCAUGAAGAAGGAGGAGAUUCCCUCUGCCCGUCUGAUCGCCCUGGAACAAGACAUGGCCAAGUACAAGCCCGCCACUGACGAGCUCUCUGCUAACUCCAUUGAAGAAUUCGUGCAAUCGUUCUUCGCGGGUACCCUGAAACAGCACCUGUUGAGCGAGGACUUGCCCGACGACUGGGCCGCCAAGCCCGUCAAGACUUUGGUCGCCACCAACUUUGACGAGGUCGUGUUCGAUACUAGCAAGAGGGUGCUUGUUGAGUUCUACGCUCCUUGGUGCGGUCACUGCAAGCAGCUGGCCCCGAUCUACGACAAGCUGGGCGAGCACUUCGAGAAGGACGAUGACGUCAUCAUCGCCAAGAUGGACGCCACCGCCAACGAGCUCGAGCACACCAAGAUCACCUCCUUCCCCACCAUCAAGUUGUACACUAAGGAUAACCAGGUGAAAGACUACAACGGUGAGAGGACACUGGCCGCUAUGACCAAGUUCGUUGAGACUGACGGCGAAGGCGCCGAGCCUACACCCAGCGUGAGUGACGAUGAUGAAGAAGACGAGUUGCCCGCCAGAGACGAGUUAUAAGCGCUCACUCAUGAGACUUCCAUAGCAUAGUACUGUAUAGAUGAUAAUUAUUUACUUUUAUACCUAAACUAACCACGCAUUUCUCGCGCUAGACUGUUGACUUGUUCUCUAAAUUGUGUUAAGGGUUGUACUUGAACGAAUUUAAGUUAGUAGCAUUGUAUGAUAUUCUAUAAUGUAAUACUCUUCCGAACGCAUAUCCUCCUGCGGCCGAUCUCGUGCAAGUGCCCAAUAAAAGUUAAUUUAUUUUCUAAAAGCAUAAUUUAUUUUGCAUAAACAGCAGCAUUAAUUAGUUUAUGUAUAACUAAUGUAUUUAUAAUUUCUGUAUCAUAAUGAGGUAUAUGUUUUGACAUUCCUUAGUACAAGUUUUAGUUACAUCGAACAACAAGUGUUUUGUUAAAGAAGCAUUGGCGGUUAUUUUUUUAUAUUUUACUUGUACAUUUAUUCAUCACAACAAAUAGAAUUACUUAAGCCGGACUUUACCUUUAAGUUGUAUUUUUGUAGCGUUUUUUAUUGAAAUUGUGACGUUGAAUAGUUCAAUCAUAAGUACUUGCAUUCUUAAAUGUAUUUAGUGCUAUUUUCAUAAUUAUAAUUAGUAAAGAUCUUGAAAAUGUAAUUUUCUACGUAUAUUUGGUAAUUCUGACUAUAAAUGUAAAUAUUCAUAAUUGUAUUUGCCAAAUCUGCAAUUGUGUAUCUAUUGUGGAUACAGAAAUUGAUAAAUAAAAAAAAUUAAAACGGA